ACAAGGAAUAUAUUGCUCGAAAAUACGUUGCUGAUCGCAGUGUAUUCGAGUUUUCGCGGUUAGACUGGUCAUCUUUUUGUUCGUCGCGGCUUGUUCUAUAUACGUACAUAUAGAUCCAUCUCCUUUUUUAUAUUUACCUAUACUACUAUUUAUGCAGCCAGUAUACUCGUCGAGUUUAUUAGAGUUGGUAUCGUGUAGGUACUAUCGAGCGUCGCAGCUUUACGUGCGUUUACGCGAGUUUUAGCUUAAGAAAAUAGCUCUUAGUGUAAGCUUUCGUUGUCGUAGCAUUUAUAAUAUUUAUUUUUGGUAGUGUUCGGAACGUCGUCGUCGACUUUUACAUAGAAUAGAAUCUAGUUGAAGUGGUGUAAAUAUUGAUCACUAGUUGAAUACCUUAUUGCUUUGGUAUGCUAAAUUAUCCUCGGUGCGAAUAAAAAAGAAUCCAGUUAAUUUUUCUUUUUGGCCAUUUAUCAUUUUUUAUUCGAAAAGUGCGAAUAAUAAUUAUGCUUUUGAUCAUUAUUACGAAUUAUUCGGGUUAUAGUGCGAAUCGGAGUGACUAUUUUGACUAGUUUAGAUGCUAGAUAGUGUUUAACUAUAGGUAGUUCAAUAUCUGUGGCAGUUACCUACCCAACUAACAAGACUCAACGUUACCAGUAAUCUGAGAUUUGACCAAAACCGCCAUCAUCGGAGAACCUCGACACAAGCGUAUAGAAAACCAGCCUCAAACAAGACCAGUCAAGGUUUUCCCACCCACCUGCUCGAAUUAACAAAAGCUCGAGACGUACGCGCCCGCCAACCAUGAACCGACCGUCUACGAGCAAAAAACGAUGAAAAUUCAUCGUCCGACGACAUCGUUAGCUAGGUAUUCUUGAUCGUAAUUACCUACGUUAUGGAGGCUCGCCAAUUAUUGAUACCGUCAUCGACACUACGGUAAUCACGUUGGUGGUGGAGGCCUUCCGACAUCAAGAGUGAAUUCCACCGGUGAACGGUACGCGAAGAAAGACAGACAGGGAAUAGCCGAUAGGAGAGAAAAAAACGAGUUUAAGCAGACGAAAAUAAUCCUCUAUUACGACUGAUAAAGAUGAAUAUUCCGACACCUGGUCUGUUUCCCAGUGGUGACAUUAAAAAAGAUGGAUUCGCAUUGUUCGCCAAAUUCGUACGUACCAAAGAUGUGGACGCGAUGGAGGAAAAUUACCAAAAGACAUCCAGACAAGAUAAAAUCAAAUUACAGAAAUGCUUAACGGUACUCGAUCUAACAUCAUUGGGUGUCGGCUCGUGUGUCGGUACUGGAAUGUACCUUGUGUCCGGAUUAGUGGCCCAAACUUACGCUGGACCAGCUGUAGUAUUUUCAUUUGUGAUAGCUGCCGUAGCAUCGAUUCUAUCGGGAGCAUGUUAUGCCGAAUUCGGAGUACGUGUACCUCAUACAACCGGCUCAGCUUACAUGUACAGUUACGUAACAGUAGGAGAGCUGAUCGCUUUCGUGAUUGGUUGGAAUAUGAUUCUAGAAUAUUUAAUUGGUACAGCUGCCUGUGCUUGUGCUCUAAGCGCAUGUUUCAAUUCGCUGACCAAAGGUGCAAUCGACGAAAGUGUGAAAGAUGUGAUCGGCUCAACAUUUGGUCAUACACCAGAUGUGCUGGCGUUUAUCAUAACGUUGUUAAUGAUGGUUGUGCUGGCGUUGGGUGUAAAGAAAAGCUUAAUAUUUAACAACGUGCUGAAUGUGAUCAAUUUCGCAGCUUGGGUGUUCAUAAUGAGCGCCGGCUUGUUUUACGUAAGACUGGAAAAUUGGUCGAAUUUUCUACCUCGAGGAUGGUCAGGGGUUUUCGAAGGAGCUGCUACUUGUUUCUACGCUUUCAUCGGUUUCGAUAUAAUAGCUACGACCGGAGAGGAAGCGCAUAAUCCAAAGAAAUCUAUUCCAUUAGCGAUAAUUCUUAGUUUAGUCAUUAUAUUAAUAGCUUACGUGACUUCUUCCAUGAUGCUAACGUUGAUCAUACCCGUCGACGAAAUAUCAGUGAAUAGCGCCUUGGUCGCCAUGUUUGGUCAAGUAGGAGCUUUCAAAUGCCAGAUCAUCGUUGCUAUCGGAGCAUUGGCUGGUCUCACCGUUAGCAUGUUCGGUUCCAUGUUCCCGAUGCCACGUAUUAUCUAUGCUAUGGCUCAAGAUGGAUUAAUAUUUCGAUACCUCAGCCAACUAUUUCCACUAACUGGAACUCCUUUGAUAGCAACAGCGGUAUCCGGAGUGGCUGCAGCUAUCGCCGCUUUAUUUCUCAAUCUGCAAAUUCUAGUUGAGAUGAUGUCCAUAGGUACACUUCUGGCCUACACAUUGGUAUCAACUUGCGUUCUAAUCCUCCGCUACCAACCACAUUCCACCAACUUGAUGGGCUUGUUACCAGAAACGUUACGGACACCGAUCAAAGGAUCACCCAUCAAAGAACCGAUCGCCAAUGGCCAAAUAAUGUUCGAUAAAGAGCACAACCCCGAGCAAAUAAAAAAAGCAUUGGGUUUACCAACGAGUGGCAGUACGAGUCCAUACCAGAAUCCUGGUCAAAAGACACCAUCGCCGAAUCGCAAAGUAAUCGUUAGACGAAUCACGAGAAGUUCGCCAGAUUCGGAUUCUUACGACGAAGAAACGGAAGAUUACGGUAACGAUAGUCAGCGUUUAGUUACUGAUAAAAGAGAUAAAAAACAUUACGGUACAACUUUGCAUAAAAUUACUCCUGUACCUAAAAGCAUCGAAGAAAAGGUCAGCGAGAGGAUGGAAAACGUGAAAAAACGUUUACAGAUUCUAACGUAUUUGUGUCCAGCUUUGUUUCCUUGGGUUGAUCCGGGUCCGGUAACCGACGAGUCUGGAAAAACCGUGUUAAAAUUUGUAUCACUUUUAUACGUACUGAUAUCGUUUUUCGACGCUAUAAUGGUCUACGCGUCGAGACCUUUUUCAACGUUACUAAAUUUAAUAGUAUUCGCUUUGAUUUGCGCAAUAAUCGCGAUAGUUGGAGCGAUAUCGCGUAAACCACAGAACAAGAAAUCGCUGGUGUUUCUCACACCGGGAGUUCCUUUGGUGCCUGUGAUAGCCAUUAUGGUUAAUAUUUACCUAAUAUUGAACCUAUCUGUUCUAACACUAGUCAGAUUCGUAGUCUGGAUGACGAUAGGUUUCAUAAUAUACUUUUACUACGGUAUAAAAAAUAGCACAUUAGAACAAGAAGAAUCAGCCGAAGACCAAACAAUAGUACCGGCGACCAAUACCACGCCACAGGUUCAAGUAACCCAACAAAAAGUAACCGAGGUAUCGGAAAAGCCGAAGCCAAAAGCUCCAGUACCAGUUGCUAAGAAAGUGGUAAACGAACCAACUCAACCGACCAGGCCGACGACUCUGGACCCGCCGAAAAGUUCCAAUAAAACUGAUCUAUUCGUAUCACCUUCGGCUUUUCCAAAGUGGGACGAUUAAAUGACCUACCUACGUACACGACUUUUACUAUAAUAUUUUACAAUACGUUACCAUUUUUUUUUCUAAUUUUUGAACGCCGGUUACAAAAAAGCGUUUAUUUUUCUGUCAUUCCAUUUGUAAAAAUUUCAAUUGUUCUACCGUAAGCAUUUACAUUUGCAUUUUAAAACCAAUGAUUGUAUCAUUUUUCACCGCUUUGUUUUUAAACAUAGUACAUACGUUGUUAUAGGGCUCUUAGGUAAUUCGUCGUGUUUUCCAUACAAGGCCUAAUGUAUAGCUACCUACCUAUAGAAUUUCCCAUAGAGUUGAGGUUUCUGCCAUGACGAAAGUACAUAAUACAUACUUAUAACCUAUAAGAUGAAAUCGAACAUAUCAUAUCGUUUAAAAUAAAAACAAAAGCGUUACCUCUGUGAAGAUUUUUUCAUUUUUCAAUGUUAUCUCGUUCAUUUUUGUUGUUCUUGUUUUAUAUAUUAACGUAAAUAGGAAUUGAGGAUGUAAAUGUACGUGAAUAUAUAGGUAAAUGUAGAUUUUUUUAUGCUGGAACCAAGUUCGUUUUUUUUUAUGAAUACAGAUGAGCUAUUUUCUCGAAUCACCCGGUAACCUGAACAAGUCAUAAGAUUUGGAAUAAGUACCAACAUUAUAUGAUUUGAAUACGGAUACAGAUCUUGUAAAUUUUAUGUAAGAAUCAUCUAGUCUUAUUUUGUAAAUACUUACCAUUGUGAUAAGAUCAAAUUUUUUCGUUUUUCUAUUCUUCUUCUACCUACAUGUAUUGUCUUCUCGUUUAUGUUUCUUUUACCUGUAAUAUGUUUUCGAAUAUUAGAAUAGAACUAUAUGUUUAUCACUGGUUUAGUAUGUAGCCAUUUUAAAUUCACUCAAGUAGGCUAACGUAUAUUUUGCGAUUCGCAGCAAAGAUGAGUUUUGGGGAACUAAAAACCGUGUAAAAUUGGAUUUCGGAAACACGAAUGAAACGAUCUAAUAAAUAUGAAUAGACGUACUAUCUAUUCUAUGGAUAAUUAAUUCACAUUACCUGAAGCCUGAAUGAUUUUUAUUUCUGAUUGAUUGGCAUAGGUAUAGCUUUUGAUCAUGGAUAAUGAAAACUUCGAAAGAAAAAUGAAUCCGGUUCUGCUAUUAGGGUACAAACAACCAACUCAUAUCAUGAAUCAUUUAGAGCUAAGAGCUGAGGCUGAUUUAAAAUCUCAGUGAACUGAAUCAAAAAUUAAUAAUUUCGAGCUAUUUUCGAGCAUUAAUCAUACCUGAUAACGGUGAAGAUGAAUCAUUGAUAAUUCCAUUGUCCAUUCCUCUCUGAUGGUGGGGUGAGAGAGAAGCAAUUACUUUGGAAACAUGCCGGAACAUGCUGUCUGUAUCCAGCUUUGCAGCAACCUCUUUCCUGGAAAAUUGAAAAAAAAUUUUAGACGAAAACUAACUCAACCAUCCUUCUUUAUGAACUUGAAAAUGAAAUCUGCUUCAACACCCCAAAUCCCCUCAUUUUUGCUUCGAAUUGAUCUUCAAAUAGCUACAUACGUAGCAAUAUUUUUACCUAUUUAUUUAUAGAAUUUUAAACUUAAAUAUUUUACCCUCUUACUUCUCUUUUCCCAACGAAGCGAAAAGUUACAAAUAAUUUUCAGUGAGCGGAUGAAACACACAAUUUGUGAUAAUAUUGUUAUGUGAUUUCAGAUUUGUUUAUUUUAUUUCUUAAUUUCUAUUUUAUAUAUAUUGUAUGGUACUCUAAAAUGGCUACUACUAUGUAUAAUGUGCAUUCUGCAAUAUACUGCAGUUUUCAUAAUUAAAUAUACAUACGUAUUACUGCCAAAAUGCAAUAUCAUCGAUACCUGAAUAAUUAUUAUUUUGUUUUGUCUGCAUUUCUGAGUGAUGAAAAUUUCUCAAAAAAAUGUACCUAUUUAAAGAAUUAGCUUUUGCUGUAUUUUUUUUUCUCAUUCGUAAGUCUCUUCUUUGUUGUAUUAAUUUAUAUUCUACGUUUUACUAUUUUACGAUUAUACCUACCCUAUUUUAGCUAUCAGUAAGUAGCUUUUUUGUUAAGUACUUACUACCUUACCUACCCUAUUACUUACCUACUCCCUUCAUUGUUGAAUUUUUCGAGUUCAUCGUAUUAUUUCCUUCUUUUUUUUUCUCUCAUUUAUUUUUUCUAAAUAUUUUAAAAAUUAAUAUAUUAUUGAAUAGAUAAUACCUAUUAUAUACUUGUUAAUUUAUUCCAUUUAUUAUAUUAUCAAAAGAAUUGUUAUGUUCAUUAAAGUAUAUUCUGUUAUUGAAUUUUAA